AUGUUGGCAAUAACAACAAUAAAUGAUUUAGCAAAUGAAACUUAUUUGGAGUUAUUCGAAUAUCUUCCUAUCAAUGAACUAUUUACCUCAUUCUGGAAUUUAAACUAUCGGUUGAAUAAUCUCAUUUGUGAUCAACGAAUACCAUUAUCAAUUCAUUUCACAGGUACUCGAAAACGUGAAUCAGUUGAAUUUGCUCAAAGAUUGUAUCAAACAUCGAUAGAUCUCACAUGCAUUCGAUCAUACACAUUUUCUUCAAAUGAUUCAUCUGAAGAGCAACACUUAUUUAUUAGUUCAUUUUCUAAAUUACAAUCAUUGACAAUUGAAUCAUUGAGAAAUGCCGAUUCGAAUGAGUUAAAACAAUUUCUGUUUGAACAAAAACAGCACCAAUCAUUACAGUACACAUCAAUUAAAGCUGGCGCAGAUUUUUCCAUGAAAGAAUUUAAUGAAAUUCUCGAUUGUGUAUAUCAAAUUCAAUCAUUAACAACACUGAAAUUGUAUGGGAAUCGUAAAUUAUUUCUUCAACUAUCAUUGCCAUUUCAUAUGUUAAAUAUACAACGAUUAACACUAGUACCAUUUCCUACUGAUUCUAUUAUGUUUUUAAAAAAUGUAUUCGCAUAUUUACCAAACCUUUGGUAUUUGCAUGGAAUAAUUAACCAUCCCGCUGUUGAUGAUACUGAUAAUGCUGAUAGACUACCAUUACGAACAAUCAAUCAUCAUAGUUACCUUUAUCAGGCAAAUCCUGGAAGGCAUUAUGUACUUAACAUGAACGCAUUAUUCAAUCUAACACCGAAUCUGAAACAAUUCUAUCUUGACUUGGAUUACUCUAAUGGCAAAGAUGAUGUUGAACAGAUUAUUUCAUCAUCAUUGCUAUUAUCUAAGUUGGAAAAAUUCAUUUUACUUUUUCACGAUAAUUCAGAUCAACGAAUACAAAAUGAAUUACAGAAAAAAUAUAAACAAAAUUAUUCGCGCUUUCAAUAUGAUCGAGUAAUGAAAGAAGAAACCACAGGUGAACGUUCAAGAAUGAAAAUGAUGAGUAGAAUUACAGUAGACUUAUUCUUAUAA